GUUCAGUUUGUAAAGAGAUUUGACCAGAAUUGGGUGUGCUUAAAUUCAAAGUGAUAAAUAUUUAGCAUUUAUUCGAGUUCUGAUUGCAUUUAGCAAAGAAAAAAGUUUGUUCGCUGUAUAAAAAGGAAUUGAAUUAACUUGUGUUAAAUACGGAAGGAUAAGCAAAUCCUGCUAGAAAGUGUAUUUCACGCAUACAGUUGUUAAGGAGAAACAGGAAUUUAAAUUUUUUGUACAAAGGAUAGGACAAAAACCGAACACAGUGCAAAAGGAAGAGAAGAAAAAAUUAGCAAACGAAAUCCAUUACGAGAAAAAUCGAUAAAAAUAGAAUCAAAUCGGAAGCCCGUCAUAAAGGCAAAAGCAAAAACAAAAACGAAUAGUCGUGACGACGAGAGGAGCGCUACAACAACAAAAUAACGAACAACACAACGUCGGCCAAAGAGCGCAUAGUAAGAAACGUGGUAUAGUGAAGGAAUUUGAAAGUAAAAUAGACAAUAUAGUUGAAAUAAUUCUUACGCGCUCACAAAUAUAAUCCUCGCGCGCAAAACGUUGUAAGAGAUAAGUUGAGAUUUUUUAAAUAAUGCGGUGAGGAGUACACCUAUAAGGGAAAGGAGAAAAAUCAGCUGAUCGGUUUUAGAGGUGUAACGGAGGAGAACGAGAAACGUUUCUCCUGCUACCGGUAAGGAGAACGUUACCCACAUAAAAAAGAGCAAAAUUUGCUACAGCUGUCCAAUCAGCCGUAAAAAUAGCCAAAGCACAAAACGUCAACAAGAGAGUGUUGAAUUUGUAAUAUAAACAAAACCGGAAAAAAAUAUCUACAAAUUUAAGCCAAUCAAACCAUACAGCGUAUGUAAACAAAUGUGCAUAUAAUCAAAAAAUUAAGAAAAAUAAAGAAAUAUAUCAUUCAUCAUUUAAAUACUACACAGUUUUGUUAAAGUUAUUACAAAAUAUAAUUGUUGUCGUCGUAAACUAUACAAUAUACAUACAUAUUUGUAAAUAAACAUUACAAAUUCCUGCUACAAAUCAGCAAAAAGUGGCAAAAGUGAUACACACAUAAAGAUUAUUGAAAUAAAACAAGUACCUAAAUUUCUAAUAAUUCACGAGUGCGGCAAAUUAGUAUGGGCACAGAAACCAAAUUCAACAGUUACAAGGAGAACACCACUGCAACGACUGGUAGUGUUUUUCGUCCGAAAGUAGCGCACAAUGGUUCGUCGGCAACAGCAAUAGGUGCCGGUGUUGGUCAAAAGUUGCAUUCAUCAAAUGGUGCAUUGAACUCUAAACAACAACAGCAUAGCGAUAUCACCAACGGGAGCUCUGUAACUCCAGUUUUUGUACCCAUACACAUUGGCGACGACGUAAUUAGCGGUGCCAAAGAGGUGCUGAAAGUGAUAAGACCACAGUGGAAUAUUAGCCAUGUACAAUUUAAAAAAUUCACCGAUGGCAUCACAAAUAAGCUUGUCGGUUGCUUCUAUAAUCCUCCACAAACCACCACCACCACAGCAACAACAACAAACAACAAUGGCAAUGAAAUCGACACAGGCAGCGCAUAUGGCAAUGACACGCCCAACUCACCCUCAACUUUGGCAUCGUCCACACUGUUGGACGACAACAAUGACUCGGGCAAUAUCAGCGAUACGGAUACAUUGGAUUCAGAGGUGACUACGUCGAGUGCACUUGACAUAGAUAAUAGUCAUAAUGCCAGCUGUGCUGUGAAUACGAAGGAUGAAAGUCACAACAACAGCAGUUCGAUCAGUGAUAGCAAUGUAGCACUGGUGCGUGUCUAUGGUAAUAAAACCGAUCUGCUGAUCGAUCGCAAAGCCGAGACACGCAACAUACUGCUGUUGCAUACGUACGGUUUUGCGCCGACACUGUUUGCAACAUUCAAAAAUGGUUUAGUUUACGAUUUUGUACCUGGUGUAACAUUGAAGCCAACUAGUGUUUUGGAGCCGAAGAUUUGGCGUUUGGUAGCCACACGCAUUGCCGAGAUGCAUCGUCGCGUGCAGGUGCAGGAGACGCCAGCUGCUGAAGUGGUGCCAAUGUUGUGGCAUAAGACGCAAAGUUUCUUCGAUUUGGUACCUGAACGUUUUAGUGAUCCCGAGAAACACAAAAGAGUUGAGGAAACUUUCUUGCCCAUAAAACGUUUACGCGACGAAUUCAGCGCGCUAUACAGGCGGCUCGAGCGCCUGGGCAGCCCCGUGGUAUUCGCCCACAACGAUCUGUUGCUGGCCAAUAUUGUCUACUUGGAAGCAGAGCAGCGUGUCAAUUUCAUUGACUACGAAUAUGCCGAUUACAAUUUUCAGGCAUUCGAUAUUGGAAAUCAUUUUUGUGAAUUUGCCGGCGUUGACGAGGCGGACUUCUCACGCUAUCCCAAGCGUGAUUUUCAACUUGCUUGGUUACGUGUCUAUCUGCAGGAAUAUCUGCAACGCUCCGACAUCACCGACGCCGAAGUGGAACGUCUGUACUUGCAGGUGAACCAAUUCGCGUUGGCCGCGCACAUGCUCUGGACCGUCUGGUCGCUCAUACAAGGGGAACAUUCCAACAUCGAUUUCGAUUAUGUCGAAUACGCUCACAUACGUUAUGCGGAGUACAAGAAGCAUAAAUCCGUAUUAGGCUUGGAGGAUGAAGCGGCAGCUGAGGACGACGUUGCGGCGGCAAGUUAAGUUUACCAUAUGCACACAGCGCAUCCAAACACGCCCGCGCGCCUGCCAGCUGCUAGCUGCUGAGCUGAGCAUGAGAGUUUAACUCGAAUGCUUGCUGGCAGUGGCUGAAAUUUUAACGAAUCCGGUGUUAUGAAGGCAAUCAGGCGAAAUCUGCGCAAAUAAUACAACAACAACGUUUAGUUAGCAACGUUUAUUUCAACUCGAUACGUGUGUCUAAUAGCUUGAUAGAGCAGACAUAAGCAAAAGUUUGUAUAUUCACGUAAAUUCGUUUCAUAGUCGUGCUGCAUGUGUGUGGCGUACGGUGCAUAGGUCGUAAAUAACGGUGAAAAAUUAAGUUAUUUAAUUUUGAAAUUGAAAAACAAAAAACAUUCCGCAAGCAUUAAUUAUUUAAAUACGAUUUUU